AUGUCAUCAGAUGCCCACGAUCCUCAAUUUCAGCAUAAACAACUCGACUUUCCAUCUGAACAACUUGCCAAACCAGCCGCAGAACUCUCGCCCAAUUCACCCAUCUCAUCCAAUAUAGCAGAUCAAGAAAUUAAACUCCCCCAGCUACAUGGAUUGACUUCCAGUAGACAUUAUCACUCCAUUUCAAAGAUGGAACCGACUGAUGCCGAUCUCAAGCGAGCACGAAACCGUGUUGCAGCCCGUCGAUCUCGCGAACGAAAAAACUCGCGAAUCAUUGAACUAGAACAUAUCAAUCAAACACUAGUGGAUGAGCUUGAGCAAAUGCGUAGAGUCUUUCAAACUACCCGAAGGAAAAACAGCAGUACUAGUGGAGGUCACGGAAAUGCUGCUAAUAGAAAACACGAUCAAGGAAACGACAAGACAAACGGCCAUGGACGGACGAAUGGAAAUAGCAAACAACCUUUGAUUGCUCUCACAUCACUUGAUGCCACAAUACAUUGGAUCGAUCGACCAAGGGACUAG